GGGGCCUGUGGGGCUUGAAAUGCGGGCGGAGCGGGCGCGCGGAGACACUGCGGACCGGGCGGCGAGCGGCGAGCGGGCAGGACAGAGGUGGACCUCAGCAGGCUCUGCAUAACCAGCCGUGUGUGAUGAGCGGCCACACCUUGCCUCCUCUUCCCGUCCCAGGCACCAACAGCACAGAGCAGGCCAGUGUCCCCAGAGCCAUGGCAGCCACGCUGGGAGCCGGCACGCCCCCCAGGCCCCAGGCCAGGAGCAUAGCUGGGGUGUAUGUGGAGGCCUCGGGCCAGGCCCAGAGUGUCUACACCGCCAUGGAGCAGGGCCUCCUGCCUGCUGGGCUCGGGCUGGCUCUGCUAGAGGCCCAGGCAGCCACUGGGGGCCUGGUGGACCCCGCCCAGGGCCAGCUGCUCCCUGUGUCCAAGGCCCUGCAGCAGGGUCUGGUGGGGCUGGAGCUGAAGGAGAAGCUGCUGGCCGCUGAGCGUGCCACUACGGGCUAUCCUGACCCCUACGGGGGUGAGAAGCUGGCCCUCUUUCAGGCCAUCGGGAAGGAGGUUGUGGACAGGGCCCUGGGGCAGAGCUGGCUGGAGGUCCAACUGGCCACUGGGGGCCUGGUGGACCCCGCCCAGGGAGUGCUCGUGGCCCCUGAGCCAGCCUGCCACCAGGGCCUCCUGGACCGGGAGACAUGGCACAAGCUGUCAGAGCUUGAGCCUGGCACAGGCAACCUGCGCUUCCUCGACCCCAACACGCUGGAGCGGCUGACGUACCACCAGCUGCUGGAAAGGUGUGUGCGGGCCCCGGGCUCGGGGCUAGCCUUGCUGCCCCUCAAGAUCACCUUCCGCUCCAUGGGCGGGGCGGUGAGUGCAGCCGAGCUGCUGGAGGUGGGCAUCCUGGACGAGCAGGCUGUGCAGGGUCUGCGGGAGGGCAGGCUGGCCGCAGCGGACGUGAGUGCACGUGCCGAGGUGCGGCGCUACCUGGAGGGUACCGGCAGCGUGGCCGGGGUUGUCCUGCUGCCCGAAGGCCACAAGAAGAGCUUUUUCCAGGCUGCCACCGAGCACCUGCUCCCAAUGGGCACCGCACUGCCACUCCUAGAGGCCCAGGCUGCCACCCACACCCUGGUGGACCCCAUCACAGGCCAGCGGCUGUGGGUAGACGAGGCAGUCAGGGCGGGCCUGGUCAGCCCAGAGCUCCACGAGCAGCUCCUGGUGGCCGAGCAGGCCGUGACAGGGCACCACGACCCCUUCAGUGGCUCCCAAAUCCCCCUUUUCCAGGCCAUGAAGAAGGGGCUAGUGGACAGACCACUGGCACUGCGGCUCCUGGAUGCCCAGCUGGCCACAGGCGGGCUGGUCUGUCCAGCACGCAGGCUCCGGCUGCCCCUGGAGGCCGCCCUGCACUGCGGCUGCCUGGAUGAAGACACUCAGCGGCAGCUCUCGCAGGCUGGCAGCUUCUCAGACGGCACGCACAGCAGCCUGCGCUAUGAACAGCUGCUGGCCCUCUGUGUCACCGACCCAGAGACCGGGCUCGCCUUCCUGCCACUCUCAGGGGGACCCCGGGGAGGGGAGCCCCAGGGACCCCCAUUCAUCAAGUACAGCACUCGGCAGGCCCUGAGCACAGCCACAGCCACCGUCUCCGUGGGGAAGUUCCGGGGCCGGCCCGUGUCCCUCUGGGAGCUGCUCUUCUCUGAGGCCAUCUCCUCAGAGCAGAGGGCGAUGCUGGCCCAGCAGUACCAGGAAGGGACCCUCUCCGUGGAGAAGCUGGCCGCUGAGCUGAGCGCCACCCUCGAGCAGGCUGCAGCCACUGCCAGGGUCACCUUUUCUGGGCUGAGGGACACCGUGACACCAGGAGAGCUGCUGAAAGCCGAGAUCAUCGACCAGGACCUGUACGAGCGGCUGGAGCACGGACAGGCCACAGCCAAGGAUGUGGGCAGCCUGGCCUCGGUGCAGAGGUACCUGCAGGGUACGGGUUGCAUUGCUGGCCUGCUGCUCCCCGGCUCCCAGGAACGCCUGAGCAUCUAUGAGGCCCGAUGCAAGGGGCUCCUCCGGCCUGGCACUGCCCUCAUCCUUCUGGAGGCACAAGCUGCCACCGGCUUCAUCAUCGACCCAAAAGCAAACAAGGGGCACUCCGUGGAGGAGGCACUGAGGGCUGCUGUCAUUGGGCCUGAUGUGUUCGCGAAGCUGCUGUCGGCUGAGCGCGCCGUCACCGGCUACACUGACCCCUACACCGGGCAGCAGAUCUCCCUCUUCCAGGCCAUGCAGAAGGGCCUCAUCAUCCGGGAGCACGGCAUCCGCCUGCUGGAGGCCCAGAUCGCCACGGGCGGCGUCAUCGACCCCGUGCACAGCCACCGCGUGCCCGUGGACGUGGCCUACCGGCGCGGCUACUUCGAUCAGAUGCUGAACUUGAUCCUGUUGGACCCUUCUGACGACACCAAGGGCUUCUUCGACCCCAACACGCAUGAGAACCUCACGUACCUGCAGCUUCUGGAGCGCUGUGUGCGUGACCCCGAGACGGGCCUGUACCUCCUGCCACUCAGCAGCACGCAGUCCCCGCUGGUGGACAGUGCCACCCAGCAGGCCUUCCAGAACCUGCUGCUCUCCGUGAAGUAUGGACGGUUUCAGGGGCAGAGGGUCUCCGCGUGGGAGCUGAUCAACUCUGAGUACUUCAGCGAGGGCCGCAGGAGGCAGCUGCUGCGUCGCUACCGGCGGCACGAGGUCACGCUGGGGCAGGUGGCAAAGCUGCUGGAGGCGGAGACGCAGAGACAGGCGGACAUCACGCUGCCCGCACUGCGGAGCCGGGUCACCGUCCACCAGCUCCUGGAGGCCGGUAUCAUUGACCAGCAGCUGUUGGACCAAGUGCUGGCCGGGACAAUCAGCCCGGAGGCCCUUCUACUCAUGGACAGCGUCCGCAGGUACCUGUGCGGCCUGGGAGCUGUGGGCGGCGUGCGGCUGCUGCCCUCUGGCCAGCGGCUCAGCCUCUACCAGGCCAUGAGGCAGAAGCUGCUGGGGCCCAGGGUGGCCCUGGCCCUGCUGGAGGCCCAGGCGGCCACCGGAACCAUCAUGGACCCUCACAGCCCAGAGCGCCUCUCGGUGGAUGAGGCGGUGCGCAGGGGUGUGGUGGGGCCGGAGCUGUAUGGCAGGCUGAAGCGGGCUGAGGGUGCCAUUGCUGGCUUCAGAGACCCCUUCUCUGGGAAGCAGGUGUCUGUGUUCCAGGCCAUGAAGAAAGGUCUCAUCCCUUGGGAGCAAGCUGCCCGCCUCCUGGAGGCUCAAGUGGCCACAGGAGGGAUCAUUGACCCCACCAGCCACCACCACCUCCCCAUGCCAGUGGCCAUUCAGCGUGGCUAUGUUGACCAGGAGAUGGAGACAGCCUUGUUCAGCUCCUCCGAGACCUUCCCCACACCGGACGGCCAGGGGCGCACGAGCUAUGCCCAGCUCCUGGAGGAGUGCCCCAGGGAUGAGACUUCCGGCCUUCACCUCCUGCCCCUGCCAGAAAGUGCUCCUGCCCUCCCCACCGAGGAGCAGGUCCAGAGGAGCCUGCAGGCCGUGCCGGGGGCCGAGGAUGGCACAUCCCUCUGGGACCUGCUCAGCUCCUGCCACUUCACCGAGGAGCAACGGAGGGGCCUGCUGGAGGACGUGCAGGAGGGGAGGACCACUGUGCCACAGCUGCUAGCCUCUGUGCAGAGGUGGGUACAGGAGACCAAGCUCCUGGCCCAGGCCCGCGUCAUGGUGCCCGGCCCACGGGGUGAGGUACCCGCUGUCUGGCUGCUGGAUGCUGGCAUCAUCACCCAGGAGACCCUUGAGGCCCUGGCUCAGGGCACGCAGUCGCCCGCCCAGGUCGCCGAGCAGCCGGCGGUGAAGGCCUGCCUGUGGGGCACAGGCUGCGUGGCCGGUGUGCUGCUACAGCCCUCUGGGGCCAAGGCCAGCAUCGCCCAGGCCGUGAGGGAUGGCCUCCUGCCCACAGGCCUGGGCCAGAGGCUGCUGGAAGCCCAGGUGGCAUCUGGCUUCCUCGUUGACCCCCUGAACAACCAGAGACUGUCAGUGGCGGACGCGGUUAAGGUCGGCCUGGUGGGCAGGGAGCUGAGUGAGCAGCUUGGGCAGGCCGAGAGGGCGGCGGCUGGGUACCCAGAUCCCUACUCCGGGGCCUCCCUCUCUCUGUGGCAGGCCAUGGAGAAGGGGCUCGUGCCACAGAACGAGGGCUUGCCCCUCCUGCAGGUGCAGCUGGCCACAGGGGGUGUGGUGGACCCUGUCCACGGGGUGCACCUGCCCCAGGCGGCAGCCUGCAGACUCGGCCUUCUGGACACACAGACGAGCCAGGUGCUGACUGCAGUUGACAAGGACAACAAGUUCUUCUUUGACCCCAGUGUGCAGGACCAGGUGACCUACCAGCAGCUCAGGGAGCGCUGCGUGUGUGACUCCGAGACCGGAUUGUUGCUGUUGCCACUGCCCUCAGACACAGUGCUUGAGGUGGACGACCACACCGCAGUGGCUCUGAGGGCCAUGAAGGUGCCCGUCAGCACGGGGAGGUUUAAGGGGUGUAGCGUGUCACUCUGGGACCUGCUGCUCUCCGAAUACGUUGGUGCUGACAAGCGGCGGGAGCUGGUGGCACUCUGUCGGUCUGGGAGGGCUGCGGCCCUGCGGCAGGUGGUCAGCGCAGUCACCGCCCUGGUCGAGGCUGCAGAGAGGCAGCCCCUGCAGGCCACCUUCAGAGGGCUCCGGAAGCAGGUGUCAGCCAGGGACCUGUUCAGGGCGCAGCUGAUCAGCAGGAAGACGCUGGACGAGCUGAGCCAGGGGACAACGACUGUGAAGGAGGUGGCGGAGAUGGACAGCGUGAGGCGGUCCCUGGAGGGAGGCAACUUCAUUGCCGGGGUCCUUAUCCAGGGCACCCAGGAGAGGAUGAGCAUCCCAGAGGCCCUGAGGAGGCACAUCCUGCGGCCUGGCACAGCCCUGGUGCUGCUGGAGGCACAGGCAGCUACCGGCUUCAUCAUCGACCCCGUGGAGAACCGGAAGCUGACCGUGGAGGAGGCGUUCAAAGCAGGAAUGUUCGGGAAAGAAACCUACGUGAAGCUGCUGUCGGCCGAGCGCGCCGUCACCGGCUACACCGACCCCUACACCGGGCAGCAGAUCUCCCUCUUCCAGGCCAUGCAGAAGGACCUCAUCGUCCGGGAGCACGGCAUCCGCCUGCUGGAGGCCCAGAUCGCCACGGGCGGCAUCAUCGACCCCGUGCACAGCCACCGCGUGCCCGUGGACGUGGCUUACCGGCGCGGCUACUUCGACGAGGAGAUGAACCGCGUCCUGGCGGACCCCAGCGACGACACCAAGGGCUUCUUCGACCCCAACACGCACGAGAACCUCACGUACCUGCAGCUUCUGGAGCGCUGUGUGGAGGACCCCGAGACGGGCCUGUACCUGCUACAAAUCAUAAAGAAAGGAGAAACCUACGUGUACAUCAAUGAGGCCACGAGACACGUGUUGCAAUCCAGAACUGCAAAAAUGCGCGUGGGGAGGUUUGCUGACCAGGUGGUCUCUUUCUGGGACCUGCUGUCCUCUCCGUACUUCACAGAGGACAGGAAGCGGGAGCUCAUCCAGGAGUAUGGAGCCCAGAGUGGGGGCCUGGAGAAAUUGCUGGAAAUCAUCACCACAACCAUUGAAGAAACAGAGAUGCAAAACCAAGGCAUCAAAGUGGCGGCCAUCAGAGGGGAGGUGACAGCUGCAGACCUGUUCAACUCCAGGGUCAUCGAUCAGAAGACCCUGCACACACUUUGUGCGGGGAGGACUGGGGGACAGGCACUCAGCACGCUGGAGUGUGUGAAGCCCUACCUGGAAGGCAGAGGCUGCAUUGCGGGGGUCACGGUGCCCUCCACCAGGGAGGUCAUGAGCCUCCAUGAGGCCAGCAGGAAGGAGCUCAUCCCUGCAGCAUUUGCGACUUGGCUGCUGGAGGCGCAGGCCGCCACUGGGUUCCUCCUGGACCCCUGCACCCGCCAGAAGCUCUCUGUGGAUGAGGCUGUGGAUGUGGGCCUGGUGAACGAGGAGCUGCGGGAGAGGCUCCUGAAGGCUGAAAGGGCUGCCACGGGCUACAGGGAUCCGGCCACGGGAGACACGAUCCCGCUGUUCCAGGCCAUGCAGAAGCAGCUCGUCGAGAAGGCGGAGGCACUGAGGCUGCUGGAGGUGCAGGUGGCCACGGGGGGUGUCAUCGACCCACAGCACCACCACCGGCUCCCACUGGAAACAGCCUACAGACGGGGCUGUCUGCACAAGGACAUCUAUGCGCUCAUUUCCGACCAGAAGCACAUGAGGAAACGGUUUGUGGACCCGAACACGCAAGAGAAGGUCUCGUACCGAGAGCUGCAGGAGAGGUGCCGCCCACAAGAGGACACGGGCUGGGUGCUGUUCCCAGUGAACAAGGAUGCACGGGACUCCGAGCACAUCGAUGACGAGACGAGAAGGGCCCUGGAGGCAGAGCAAGUGGAAAUCACAGUGGGAAGGUUCAGAGGCCAGAAACCAACACUGUGGGCACUACUGAAUUCCGAAUACGUCACAGAGGAGAAGAAGCUCCAGCUGGUGAGGAUGUAUAGAACAGACACGAGACGGGCACUGCAGACGGUAGCGCAGCUCAUCUUAGAGUUGAUUGAGAAGCAGGAAAACAGCAACAAACACCUGUGGUUCCAAGGAAUUAGACGACAGAUCACAGCUUCUGAACUCCUCAGCUCAGCCAUAAUCACGGAGGAAAUGCUCCAGGACCUGGAAACGGGACGGAGCACGACGCAAGAGCUCAUGGAGGACGACCGUGUCAAGCGCUACCUGGAGGGCACCAGCUGCAUCGCGGGCGUCCUGGUGCCCGCCAAGGACCAGCCCGGCCGCCAGGAGAAGAUGAGCAUCUACCAGGCCAUGUGGAAGGGCGUGCUGCGGCCCGGCACGGCCCUGGUGCUGCUGGAGGCGCAGGCGGCCACCGGCUUCGUCAUCGACCCCGUGCGCAACCUGAGGCUGUCGGUGGAGGAGGCCGUGGCCGCGGGCGUGGUGGGCGGCGAGAUCCAGGAGAAGCUGCUGUCGGCCGAGCGCGCCGUCACCGGCUACACCGACCCCUACACCGGGCAGCAGAUCUCCCUCUUCCAGGCCAUGCAGAAGGACCUCAUCGUCCGGGAGCACGGCAUCCGCCUGCUGGAGGCCCAGAUCGCCACGGGCGGCGUCAUCGACCCCGUGCACAGCCACCGCGUGCCCGUGGACGUGGCCUACCGGCGCGGCUACUUCGACGAGGAGAUGAACCGCGUCCUGGCGGACCCCAGCGACGACACCAAGGGCUUCUUCGACCCCAACACGCACGAGAACCUCACGUACGUGCAGCUGCUGCGCCGCUGCGUGCCCGACCCGGACACCGGGCUCUACAUGCUGCAGCUGGCAGGCCGGGGCUCCGCCGUGCACCAGCUGAGCGAGGAGCUGCGCUGUGCCCUGCGCGACGCCCGCGUGACGCCAGGCUCGGGCGCCCUCCAGGGCCAGAGCGUCUCCGUCUGGGAGCUCCUCUUCUACCGCGAGGUGUCCGAGGACCGGCGCCAGGACCUGCUGAGCAGAUACCGGGCGGGCACGCUGACCGUGGAGGAGCUGGGCGCCACCCUCACCUCGCUGCUGGCCCGGGCCCAGGCCCAGGCCCAGGCCGAGGCCGGGAGCCCGCGCCCAGACCCCCGGGAGGCCCUGCGUGCGGCCACCAUGGAGGUCAAGGUGGGCCGCCUCCGGGGGCGCGCAGUGCCCGUGUGGGACGUGCUGGCGUCCGGCUACGUGAGCGGGGCCGCCCGGGAGGAGCUGCUGGCCGAGUUUGGCUCGGGGACCCUGGACUUGCCCGCACUGACCCGCCGGCUGACCGCCAUCAUCGAGGAGGCCGAGGAGGCCCCCGGGGCCCGGCCGCAGCUCCAGGACGCCUGGCGCGGCCCGCGGGAGCCAGGGCCAGCCGGGCGAGGGGACGGCGACUCGGGGCGCUCCCAGCGAGAGGGCCAGGGGGAGGGCGAGACCCAGGAGGCCGCUGCCGCCGCCGCCGCCGCCGCCGCCCGCCGCCAGGAGCAGACCCUGCGUGAUGCCACCAUGGAGGUGCAGCGCGGGCAGUUCCAGGGGCGGCCGGUCUCCGUGUGGGACGUUCUCUUCUCCUCGUACCUGAGCGAGGCCCGCCGAGACGAGCUCCUGGCCCAGCACGCGGCCGGCGCCCUGGGCCUGCCCGACCUCGUCGCCGUCCUCGCCCGGGUCAUCGAGGAGACCGAGGAGCGGCUCAGCAAGGUGUCCUUCCGCGGCCUGAGGCGCCAGGUGUCCGCCUCCGAGCUGCACACGUCCGGGAUCCUGGGCCCCGAGACCCUGCGGGACCUGGCCCAGGGCACUAAGACGCUGCAGGAGGUGACGGAGAUGGACUCGGUCAAGCGCUACCUGGAGGGCACCAGCUGCAUCGCAGGCGUCCUGGUGCCCGCCAAGGACCAGCCCGGCCGCCAGGAGAAGAUGAGCAUCUACCAGGCCAUGUGGAAGGGCGUGCUGCGGCCCGGCACGGCCCUGGUGCUGCUGGAGGCGCAGGCGGCCACCGGCUUCGUCAUCGACCCCGUGCGCAACCUGAGGCUGUCGGUGGAGGAGGCCGUGGCCGCGGGCGUGGUGGGCGGCGAGAUCCAGGAGAAGCUGCUGUCGGCUGAGCGCGCCGUCACCGGCUACACCGACCCCUGCACCGGGCAGCAGAUCUCCCUCUUCCAGGCCAUGCAGAAGGACCUCAUCGUCCGGGAGCACGGCAUCCGCCUGCUGGAGGCCCAGAUCGCCACGGGCGGCGUCAUCGACCCCGUGCACAGCCACCGCGUGCCCGUGGACGUGGCCUACCGGCGCGGCUACUUCGACGAGGAGAUGAACCGCAUCCUGGCGGACCCCAGCGACGACACCAAGGGCUUCUUCGACCCCAACACGCACGAGAACCUCACGUACCUGCAGCUUCUGCAGAGGGCCACCCUCGACCCUGAGACGGGGCUCCUAUUUCUUUCUCUUUCUCUACAGUGACUGGGCUUCCUCCGUGCAGUUUUCUGCAACUCUGGAGAAGUUGAGGCAUACUUGUGUGUCUGGGUUUUUUUUUUUUUUUUGUCAUUCUUUGAUUUUGUUGUUUUACCCAUUCGUUAUCUGUGGAAAACGUUUUAAGUUGUCAUGUGACAGAAAGUUUUUCUUUGUCCAUCGAGGUGUUUCAUAAGUUUUUUGGUGUGUUUUCUGGGUCCUCUAUGUGUCAUAUGGUUUUACUUUUCACUCCUUUUUCGUUUUCGGAACAUUUUUCUGUCCGUUUUGGAUUCACUGCUUCCAUUUUACAGAAUGUCACUCUUUAGACUCUCAGUCCAUCAUGCAUAGGGUACUCUUGUUGCAGUGUAAUUUUUAUUCCAUGCGGUUAUUUCCCUAACGGUGUGCUAUUCAUGUUCAUCGUCAAACUCAUUUUCCAUCAGCCAAUGUCUACUAUUUAGUGCCCUGGCUCUAUUUCGGUCCUCCUCCCCGGCCUUUCCCUGGCUGCUGUGCUGGCCAAAAGCAUGGGCUUUAUUCUCUCCAUUGGCUGCUGCUCCACCUUAGAGGUGUGACCUCACUAGCGUUGACUGAGCGAGUCUGUUGUGGAGAAGUACCUUUGGUUGUCGUUUACUAGGAAAAAUUCUGAACAAGUAAAAUAUGAAGGAAACUCUUGUUUUUGAUUUCAGGUUUUUGAAGGUUCAAUCACUAAUCUUUAUGCCCUUAAUAUACAGAUAGUAGAUUAAACAAGGGAAGCAAGCCGUCCAAAAUCCAGGGUUCCUAGAGCCGUAUCUCAGAAUCGUAUGCACAUAGGUUGCAGUUAAGUCUUGCUCAAAGUUUUCUGGGAGAACCAAGAACUUUCACUGUUAAUGGAAGUGUGGCAAUUGGAGCAGGUGACAAAGAACAAGCCCUUUCAAGUCCCCCCUUCAUUCACUCCACACAUGGGUUGCCUGUGGCAUCUGGGCCACUUGGUCUCCAAUGGUAGCAGAACACAGCAAGAAUCCAUGUGUUUUGCCUGGUGGCUGUGUGUGGUUGGCCUCCUGGGGGCCUGCGGGCUGGGCAUGGACGCCGUGGAGGACACUCCCUGUGCUAGAAUGGCUGGAGCGAGGGCAGAUAGAGUGGACAGGGCUUGGACAUUCUGGAUGAAGAGCCAGUGGCCUCAGGGCAGAAAUGACACCAGGGUAACUCAUCAAAAUGUGCCUCCCAGGCUCUAGAAAAUCCCUGGUAGGGUCUGUGUGGCCUUUGCAGGAGCAUCUGGCCCAUCUGGAGGUGGGUUUGAGGGGACAGGGGGCCACAAGGAAAUAGAAACGGUAGUGAGGUUCACAUGUGCUGAUAUUCACAGAUGUCAAAGUAGGCACUCAGCACAAUCCGCUUAAUAGCUCUCAUCCAGACCAUGUACAACCAAUGAUGAAGGCUAGGAUGGGGGAUGCGGUCAGGGCACUAGCCUUGAAAAGGGGGACAGGGAGAACCUUCAAAAACAAGUGGAGGAAAGGCAUCAGCAGGGUGCCUUCAACCACAUUCUUCCUAUUGUUCUUGAGCAAGUCCUGUGUGUGUGCCCGAUGCCUGUGUUGCGGAAGUUCUCACUGUGAACUUUACAGCAAUGCUGAAGCAGGAAUUAGCAUGCCUGAUUAGUGGUGAUGGGACCCACGUCUUUCUAUCCUUUUACCUUUACCUUGUCUUUGUCAUUGUAUUUGCAGUGAGCCUCCUUAGGCAGCAUAUUAAUGGGUGGGGUUAUCUUUAUCCAAUUUCACAAUUUCUAUGUUUGAAUUGGCACAUUUAUACCGUUACAUUUUAUGUAAUUAUGUGUUUGGACUUAUUCUUUGUUUCCUUUCCCUCCUCUGUUUUUUGUUCAUUUCCCCUCCCUUAGCUACCUUCUUUUGGAUUAUUGGAAUAUUUUUUAGUGUUCCAUUUAAAUUUACUGGCUUUGGGCCAUUGUUUUCUAAUUUUUUAUUGGUCGCCCUGGAGAUUACAGUAUACUUAGGAUUUUUGACAGUCUUCUUAGAGUCUCCGCUCUGCCACUUCAUGUGAGGUGUGGUCUCUUCCUCCACACCCCACACCCCCCAUUCUAUCUUUGUCAUGUUAUCACAUUUACAUGCAUUGAAAAUCCUACCAGGUAAUGUGGCAAUUUUGUUUUCAACAGUAUAGAUUUUUUUUUUUCUUUUUGGAGAUAGAGCCUUGCUCUGCCACCCAGGCUGGAGUGCAGUGGUGCAAUCUUGGCUCAUUGCAACCUCCGCCUCCCUCCCAGGUUCAAGCGAUUUUCGUGCCUCAGCUUGCCAAGCAGCUGGGACUACAGGUGUGCACCACCAUGCCCGGCUUUUUUGUAUUUUAGUCUCUACUCAAUGGUGUUGCAUCAUGUUUCCCAGGCAGGUCUCAAACUCCUGAGCUCAGGCAAUCUGCCCACCUUGGCCUCCCAAAGUGCUGGGAUUAUAGGCGUGAGCCACCGCACCCAGCCUCAACAGUAAUAGAUACAUAGAUAUAGAUAUAGAUAUAGAUAUAGAGAUAUGUAGAUGUAUAGAUAUAUAGAUAGAUAUAUAGAUAUAUAGAUAAAUAGAUAUAGAUAUAUAGAUGUAUUUUUUUGAGACGGAGUCUCGCUCUGUCGCCCAGGCUGGAGUGCAGUGGCACGAUCUCGGCUCACUGCAAGCUCCGCUUCCUGGGUUCACACUAUUCUCCUGCCUCAGCCUCCCGAGUAGCUGGGACUACAGGCACCUGCCACCAUGCCCGGCUAAUUUUUUGUAUUUUUAGUAGACACGGGGUUUCACCAUGUUAGCCAGGAUGGUCUCGAUCUCCUGACCUCGUGAUCCGCCCGCCUCGGCCUCCCAAAGUGCUAGGGUUACAGGCGUGAGCUACCAGAUAUUUUUAAUGAUUUAAAAAGUGAAAACAGCAUAUUAUGGUUCUCUAAAUAUAUACCAUUUCCAUUGCUCUUUCUGCAUUCCUGAAGUUCCAGGUUCCCUCUGGUAUCAUUCCCUUCAGGCUAAAUACCUUUCUUUAGCAUUUUCUUUUAAAGUUGGCAGAUGAAGCACUUUGGGAGGCCAAGGCGGGCAGAUCACUUGAGGUCAGGAGUUCAAGACCAGUAUGGCCAACAUGGUAAGACCCUGUCUCUACUAAAAAUACAAAAAUUAGCUGGGUGUGAUGUUGCCUAUAAUCACGGGAGGAUGAGGUGGGAGAAUCACUCGAACCCAAGAAGUGGAGGUUGCAGUGAGCCGAGAUCACACCAUUGCACUCCAGCCUGAGCAACAGAGUGAGUGUCCACCUUGGCUCGUGGGUGGGAACUCACGAGCGCCCACUCCAAGCUGUGUCCUCUCAAAAAAAGUAAAUAAAGUCUGCUGGUGAGGAAUUUUACACAUAUAAAUACAUAAAAUAUUUGAUUUGAGUUUAUCACAUCUGGAGUUGGCCAAACUUUUUGAUUUUCAUAAGUUUAUAUCUUUAAGUAAAUUAGAGAACUUUUCUGCCAUUAUUUCUUCAAAAUAAAUGUUUUACAUACUAAUAUCUUUCCAUUCCCCUUCUGGAACUUCAAAUACAAAAAUGAUAGAUGUUUUGAUAUUGUUUCACAGCUCUCUGAAGCUUUGUUCAUUUUUUUAAAAAAUCUUUUCUCCUGUUUUUCAGAUUAGAUAAUUUCUAUUGAUCUCUUUGUAAGUUUACUGACUCCUUCCUCUGUAAUCCCCCUUUUGCUAUUGAGACACUCAGUGAGCCUUUUUUUUUUUUUUUUUACUUUGAGACAGAGUCUCACUCUGUUGCCCAGGUUGGAGUGCAGUGGGGCGUGAUCUCAGCUCACUACAGAGUCCACCUCCCGGGUUCAAGUGAUUCUCAUGCCUCAGCCUCCUGAAUAGCUGGGACUACAGGUGUGCGCCACCAUGCCUGGCUAAUUUUUGUACUUUUAGUAGAGACAGGGUUUCUCCAUGUUGCCCAGGCUGGUCUCAAACGCCUAGACUCAAGCGAUCUGCCCGCCUCAGCCUCCCAAAGUGCUGGGGUUACAGGCAUGAGCCACUGUGCCUGGCCAGCUUUUUUACUUCAGGUGAUUUUUUACUUCAGGUAAUAUGUUUUUCACUUCUACCAUUUCCACGUGCUGAGAACGUCUGUCUUUUCGCUCAUUCUUGGGGUGUCCACUCUUGCCGCGGGGAGCAUCGGGCUGGAAUUGCUGCUGUGAAAUCUUUUCCUGGUCCCUCCAGCAUCUGAGUCCUGGGGUUCUGCCAGCAACUGUCUGUCUUUUCCCCUGAGACCGGAUCCAAUUUCCAGUCCUUGGCAUGUUGGGUGAUUUGGGGUUGUAUCCUGGAUAUUUUAAAUAAUCAGAUGCGAGGCUCUGAGCCCUGCGAGAACGCGCUUGAGAACGUUGGCAUUUUCACUUUGGCAGGCACUCAUCCCGGCUGGGUCAGGCCACAAGCCGUAUCCCAGCCUCUGUGUGCAGUGGAUCCGUGUUGGCUCCAUUCUCAAGGCUGUUGCUGUGCGGCAUGUUCCCCACACGUGCUGCUCAGCUCAGGCAAGCACCGAGCUUGUGUUGUUUCAUGCUCAGCGUGGAGGCCCCUCCUCCAGGUCACUGCUCUGUGGGGUUCCCAUACACUCAGGCUCCUAGGAGGAGUCCAUUUAGAAAGCCAGGGUUUUUCUCAGAGUCUUAGUUCCUUGUGCUGUCAUCCAUUUCACACGACUUGGGCCCUGCUCGGGGCAACACAGCAAGAGAAAAGACAGGGAAAAUAAGAGGGACCUUGCACACACACGCUCUGGAUCACACAGCCCUGUGCCCAGCUCCUCUGUCAAUACAGGUGGAAUCUCGUGCAGGAUCGCGGGGGUCUGUGAUGCCCCCAAAGAGCAGGCCGGGACAGGGUUAGGAGAGAAAGGAGAGGGAAGUGGGGGUUUCUCCUACGCACUCUUGUUUGCAGAGGGAAAGGCGGGUUUGUAUUGGGGUUGCCGGUCUUUGCACCCACGGCACAGUUGUGAGACACCCCCAUCGUCAGAUCAAAGCCGCACACACAGCUGGGGAAAAACAAAACAAAAACAGUAAACCUCCAUGCCAGUUGUUGGUAAGUUUUGAGUUUCCUCCCCAGCCAGCUGCUACUGUUAGCGUUUCACAGUCCUCCAGGAGUCGCUUUUUAUAUUCUGUCCAAAGGGAGAGAGGAGCUGUAGUGGCUGUGCUCCAUCUCUGCCAGCCCAGAAGUUUCCAGAAGUGCUCUUCUGAUUUUACAGGUGAAGAACCGGAGUCCUGGGGGUGUAACAAGCCCAGGUCCUCAAGGCAAGGGUGGGAACUCACGAGCGCCCAACUCCAAGCUGUGUCCUCGCCCCGCAAGCAAUGGUAUAUAUUUAGAGAACCAUAAUAUGCUGUUUUCACUUUUUAAAUCAUUAAAAAUAUCUGGUAGCUCACGCCUGUAACCCUAGCACUUUGGGAGGCCGAGGCGGGCGGAUCACGAGGUCAGGAGUUUGAGACCAACCUGACCAACAUGGUGAAACCCUGUCUCUACUAAAAAUACAAAAAUUAGCUGGGUGUGGUAGGCGCCUGUAAUCCCAGCUACUCAGGAGGCCGAGGCAGGAGAAUCACUUGAACCCGGUAGGCGGAGCUUGCAGUGAGCUGAGAUCCCGCCACUGCACUCCAGACUGGGCGACAGAGUCUCUGUCUCAAAAAAAAAAAAAAGAAAAGAAAAAAAAAGGUCAUCAUAAUAACACUUAACUCACUCAGCAGUUGUGAGUACAAAUAAAAUUCAAAUCCUGGAAGUGUUUGAAAAACAUCCACAAGAAUGACAGAAAGGAGAAGCACGCUGUUGUUUCUGUUAGUUUUAACAUUCGUGUGGCUUUUUUCUUCCUAUCCGAAAAAGAGAUUUUCUCCCCAAUCAGCCCAAGUCAUCCUUCUAGUGGCAAGAAAAUUAGGAAUGUUAUGGAAGGAAUCCCAAAAGAAAAAACGAGUGAAUAUUCAGAUUCACAUUUUUCUUUUUUCUUUUUUUUGUUUUUUUCUUUUUUGAGACGGGGUCUUGCUCUGUCACGCAGGUUGGAGUGCAGUGGUACAACAGCUCACUACAGCCUCGAACUCCUGGGCUCAAGCAAUCCUUCCACCUUAGCCUCCCAAGUAGCUGGGACUACAGGUGUGUGCCACCAUGCCCAGCUGAUUUUUAGGGACUAGAAAGUCAAAGACAAAUGCCCAGCAAAUUUUGUAGAGCUGGGGUUUCGCCAUGUUGCCUAGGCUGGUCUUGAACUCCUGAGCUCAAGCAAUCCACCUACCUCGGCCUCCCAAAGUGCUGGACUUACAGACAUGAGCCGGCACGUCCGGCCUAUAUUCUGAUUUAUAUUCAAAGUAGACUUUGCAGCAAGACAAUAGGCUUGGAAGACAGGUUAGUGACGCAGUUCAUGAUGGGGUUCACAAAGGGGCUGGUGCUGAGGUUCGAGAUGGCGUUUGCGAUAGGAUUGGUGAUGGGUUCAUGAUGGGGUUCGUGAUGGGGGUGGUGAUGGGUUACCCUGGAGACAGUGAGAAGGAAAGGCAGAGACGGAGGAGGUCAGAUGCCUGGCUUGUCUUCCCUUGACUCCCUCCAGUGCUGGUGGGGGUUGUUUCAAAAACAUCUGGACAGGCCAGGCAUGGUGGCUCACAUCUGCAAUCGCAGCACUUUGGGAGGCCGAGGCGGGUAGAUCACUUGAGCUCAGGAGUUUGAGACCAGCCUGACUAACAUCCAACAUGGUGAAACCCUGUCUCUACUAAACAAAACAAAACAAAACAAAAAAUUAGCCAGGCAUAGUGGCAGGCACCUGUAAUCCCAGCUACUCAAGAGGCUGAGGCAGGAGAAUCACUUGAAUGUGGAGGCAGAGGUUGCAGUGUGUGGGGAAAAGCAAGAGAGAUCAGAUUGUCACUGUGUCUGUGUAGAAAGAAGUAGACAUGGGAGACUCCAUUUUGUUACGUACUAAGAAAAAUUCUUCUGCCUUGAGAUUCUGUGACCUUACCCCAACCCCAUGCUCUCUGAAACAUGUGCUGUGUCAAACUCAGGGUUAAAUGGAUUAAGGGCUGUGCAGGAUGUGCUUUGUUAAACAGAUGCUUGAAGGCAGCACGCUCCUUAAGAGUCAUCACCACUCCCUAACCUCAAGUACCCAGGGACACAAAUACUGCAGAUGGCCGCAGGGACUUCUGCCUAGGAAAGCCAGGUAUUGUCCAAGGUUUCUCCCCAUGUGAUAGUCUGAAAUAUGGCCUCGUGGGAAGGGAAAGACCUGACCGUCCCCCAGCCCGACACCCGUAAAGGGUCUGUGCUGAGGAGGAUUAGUAUAAGAGGAAGGCAUGCCUCUUGCAGUUGAGACAAGAGGAAGGCAUCUGUCUCCUGCCCGUCCCUGGGCAAUGGAAUGUCUCGGUAUAAAACCCGAUUGUACGUUCCAUCUACUGAGAUAGGGAAAAACCGCCUUAGGGCUGGAGGUGGGGCAUGCGGGCAGCAAUACUGCUUUGUAAAGCAUUGAGAUGUUUAUGUGUAUGCAUAUCUAAAAGCACAGCACUUAAUCCUUUACCUUGUCUAUGAUGCAAAGACCUUUGUUCACGUGUUUGUCUGCUGACCCUCUCCCCACUAUUGUCUUGUGACCCUGACAUAUCCCCCUCUCGGAGAAACACCCACGAAUGUUCAAUAAAUACUAAGGGAACUCUGA